AUGUUCCACUACUCCUCAUCUGCCCUCAAGCUGUCUUGUCCGCCCCUAGACUAUACCGAGCAGGUUCCAUCCCCAAGUGAAGAUAACAUGCCUCCCGUCAAGGAUGCCUGGGUUGGCCAUAAGGGUGCCGCUGGCUGGGACCUCAGGACAUCAAUGCUGGCCGCUAUUCAGUCAACCACCUUGUUGGAUGAUGUGUAUGAGGAAGAUCUGACGACUAAUGAUCUUGAGGCUCACUGCGCCGCUUUGGCUGGCAAAGAAGCCGGUCUCUUCGUCCUCUCCGGGACCAUGGGCAACCAAGUUGCUCUCAGAUCGCUGUUAAAGCAACCACCAUAUAGUGUCCUAUGUGACCAUCGAUCACAUAUCAACAAAUACGAAGCUGGCGGUGUCGCAUCCUUAUCAGGCGCUAUGCUCAAGACCGUUGUACCAAAGAACGGCAUCCAUCUGACAUUGGAGGAUGUCCAGGAGAACGCCGCCCUGGAUGAUGAUGUGCAUACUUGCCCGACAAGGGUGAUCAGUCUUGAAAAUACUCUCAAUGGCAUGAUCAUGCCGCUCGCCGAGGUCAGACGUAUUUCAAACUGGGCCAGGGAGAAUGGUGUGAAGAUGCACUGCGAUGGAGCUAGGCUUUGGGAGGUCGUCGCAUCGGGAGCUGGCAGCUUGACGGAUUUCGCCGAUUGUUUCGAUACCCUCAGCCUAUGCUUUUCUAAGGGCCUCGGAGCCCCCAUUGGAAGCAUCGUUGUUGGACCGAAGGACAUCAUCAAGCACUCCCGAUGGGUGCGGAAGUCUAUUGGUGGUGGGCUUCGUCAAUCUGGUGUCGUCACGGCUGCCGCUCGCAUUGCUGUGGAUGAAACGUUUGGCAAGGGCCCCAAUGGGGAGGGAGGUCUGUUGAAGAAGUCUCACGAGCUGGCCAAGAAGAUCGAGAAGAUCUGGACGGAUCUGGGCGGUGAGCUCGUCCACCCUGUUCACACCAACAUGGUAUGGGUCAACCUUAAAGCUGCAGGAAGCAGCCCAGCGAGGAUACAAGAGUUAGGCAAGCAACAAGGACUGCGGCUCGGGGGCGACCGCAUGGUCAUACACUACCAGAUUUACCAGAACGCAGAAAAUGUUGUCCCGCGACUGGAAGCCAUUUUCAAACAAAUAUUCGCGGAGAAGGGCAAAUAUGCCUCGAAAGGCAGCAGUGGGCCUGACUCAAUGUAUAGAGUCCAGGCGAGACUAUGA